UAUUCAUUUUAUAACUAUUUAGAAAUCAAACAUGAGUGAUGAUUCAGAUAAAUACGUAGACAAAGCACAAGUUGCGUUUGUAAAAGAUCCGGGAAUACUGAAAAAAUUUUGCAGAGAUCAUCCAGAAGAUGUUGAUGAUGUCAUCAAUUACAUUGGAAAUAUUUUGAACAAAACGAAACAAGCAGAACAAUUUAUUGUUGCAGAACUUCACAUUGAGGAACGGUCUAGAUCUCGUGAUCCUGCAGAAUUUCGCUGUUGUCCCAAAUGGACGGUACUUACUGCCAAGUUUAAAAUUGUUGAAGAAUACCCCAAUUAUGCUCUUAACAAUUUGUAUGUCUUGUAUAAAAGAACCAUUGCUAAGGAUUGGAUGCAUUUGAAAGAUUGUGGUGUGGAACAAAAUGACGAUGUAUUAUAUGUUUAUGUGUUUUAUCCUCAGCCAAGGAUGUUUCCUCUCACGACAAAGCCCAAAGAUUUAAAGCGUACUGAUCCAUUUUUAAUUCAACAACCACCUGGCGGGUUUCAAGAUAUAAAUAGGGUUGCAACAAAUUUUCAAAACACCCCAUCUUUGACUGGGAAUUUUGAUUUGCCAGAUAAUGAUAUCGUACUUCCGCCACUACCCAAUGGUGGUUUGGGUGCAAAGUUAUGGACUUGUAAAUUUUGUACAUUUUUAAAUGAAGAUUGGAGACCUGGAUGCGUUAUGUGUAGUUCUCCAAGGCCGGGAGAGGAGCUGAAGGACGAAGACAUACAAAUGAUUCCUGAUCCUAUCCCAACAAGUUUUGAGGAGAUAUCAGCGAAACCUGAGACAGAUAGCCCAGGAUGGAAAUGUGUUGAGUGUACAUAUCUCAAUGAGCCCACCAGACCUGGAUGUGAAAUUUGCUCCAAACCUAGGCCUGCUGAUUAUCAAGUUCCACAUGAUUAUGUGCCAUCUAAAAAAGAAGCUGAAAGAAUUGAAAAAGAGAAAGAAGAAGAGAAGGCAGCAGCUGAACAACGAUCUUUAGAAAGAAGGGAAAAUUAUAAUCGUCAUCUUUCAGUAUCAGAACAAAGUAUUAUUCAAAGUAUGGAACCUGUAGAAUGUUUGAUUUGUUUUGAGGAGACAAAUCCAGAGGAUACAAUAGUGCUUCGUGAAUGCCUUCAUCGCUUUUGUAAAGAUUGCAUUGCAGAACAUGUCAAAAAUAGCGAUGAAGCUAUUGUGACUUGUCCUUACAUGGAUGAUAAUUAUAAUUGCAACAGUGUAAUCACUCACAGAGAAAUAAAAGCUCUGUUGCACAACGAAGAUUUUCAAAAAUAUUUGAAUCGUGGCCUGAUGCAAGCAGAAAAAGAAUCACCCAAUAGUUUUCAUUGCAAAACACCUGAUUGCAAGAGCUGGUGUCUUUAUGAAGACCAAGUAAAUAAUUUUUAUUGUAAUGUUUGUCAAAAGACUAACUGUCUAACUUGUAAGGCCAUUCAUGAAGGAAAAAACUGCAAGGAAUAUCAAGAUGAAUUAACAAGAAAGGCAGCAACAGAUGAAGAAGCAAAGAAAACUAAAAUAUUAUUCGAUAAAAUGGUCAAAGAUGGUGACGCAAUGCAUUGUCCACAGUGCAAUAUCAUCAUACAGAAGAAAAUCGGAUGUGAUUGGCUAAGAUGUCCAAUGUGCAGAAUUGAAAUAUGCUGGGUAACGAAAGGGCCAAGAUGGGGACCUAAUGGAAGAGGCGACACGAGUGGCGGAUGUAGAUGCCGAGUUGGAGGCAAAAGCUGUCACAAGGACUGUAAUAAUUGUCACUGAAUUAUUCACACUUUUUGAAAUGUAUAAGUUUGUGGCUACUUUGAUUUCAUUUACCAUAGUUGUAGAAAAGUGAUUAUUACCCAAUGCUUUUUUAGUAUCUGUCAUGUUUGAAGUGUCACAUUAUUCUACAAAUGUCAUUACAGUGCAUGCUCACUUUCUGACAUCUUAUUAUAUCAUUUUGUUUAAAUUUCCAUUACUUGGAUAAUACCAAACUUGGAAAUUGUUUUGUGAAAAAAUUGUUCUGCUCUGGCUAAAUGUUGAAAAGCAAUAUAAGUGAAGAUUGUAUCGACAAUAGAUAUGCAUAUUGGUACUCAUGAUGUUGUACAUACUCGUUGUAUUAUAGGACUACUUAUUAUUGUAUUAAGCAACAUUUUAUAUUGUAAUAUGUGCUUAUUGUAAUCACUUGAACCUCCUUUUAUUAUGUACCAGAGAAUCCGCUCAGGUGGAUUCGAUCAUUUUUAGAAAGAUGUUUAGUUAUCAGCUCAAGUGUUACUGGCCACCCCAAGUAUAUUAAUAAUAAUACAAUAGAAUUUUUAGAAACAAAAUCCUACAAGAGUGAUAUUAAAUGAAAAUAUCGAACUCGUCUUGCCUAAGCACGUUCACUUGGGCUGCUUCAAGAUUGUGUUAACCUUGUUCUAUUGUAAUUAAAUGGCCAGAAACUAUCAUUUAUUUGUAAAAACGCGUUCCAGUGUAGCGUAGUGAAUGCAGCAUGUAAAUAUGAAUUUUAUUGUUAUUUCACUGCUUUGUAUUAUCAGCUUGUUGAAUUCUAUGACAAUAAGUAAUCAGGACUGUUUCAUCAAAUGGUGAAUU